AUGGUUUUCAACGUAGUAGCUUGCUUCAUUCAAGGCAAAGAGGAGCCCGAGCUCGAGAGAUAUGUCACCUCUGCAGUCGGUUCUGGCAGCAAAGCCCUCGCUGAAGUCUUCAAUGUCAAUCUGGACAAGGCUCGCUUUAAGGUAGGAACAUUAGACUCAUUAAUGGAGUUGAACGAGACCUUGCAAAAGGUUGACUAAACUCUUGAUUCCACUGUCAAGAAGAUUGAAAAGUAGGCAAGAGAGAUGGUCAGCAGAGACUUGAAAAUUGAGGUCACAAAGCAACAACAAGGUAAACAGAUUCAAAAAUUUUACUUAAUAUGGAGAGAUAUUGGUUCUGAGGAAGGGGGAUUCGAUGUUGCUGAUUACAUCAAGAAUUUCAACUGGGAUGACAAUAAAUUCCACAGAGGCAGAUCUCUUGUCGAAAUUGCUGGACUCAUCUCAGAGAGAAUGAGACAAAUUGAUAACGACAUUAAGACCUUGAACGAUAACUUAAAUGAGGUGAAGAACGAGUUAACUCAAAUGGUCAAGAAAGAUGGAACCACUCUUCUUAACAAGGAUAUCUCUGAUGUUAUUCACAGUGACCCAAACAUUAAGGCUGAUGAACUUUUCGUUGAAGUUCACAAGACUACUUUCCUCUCAACCGUUGUCGUUGUCCUCCACAAGACCAAGUACGACCAGUUCAGAGAAGUCUACGAAAGACUUAUUAGAGAUAGUGAAAUUCCAUGUGUUGUUCCAGGUUCAUUGAAAUAUCUUGGCAUUGAAGAUAAGGAGGGAAAUCAACUCCACAGAGUAGUUGUCGUUAGUAACAAGAUUGAUGACUAUCUCCAAAGAGGAAGACAAGAGGGCUUCACCUUCAGAAAGUUUGUCUAUGACUACAAGAAGUAUCAAGAAGAUCUCCAAUAAAAGACCAGACUUGAGACCAGCUAUGAACAAUAAAAGAACUCUCUUGCUUCAAGAUGCUACUUCGCUUUCAGUGAGCUGUUCAUCUGCUUGAUGCACUUGAAAGUCAUGAGAGCAUUCAUUGAUGGAGUUUUGCGUUUCGGUAUUCCACCAAGAUUCUAUAUUGGUAUUAUUAAGCCAGGCAAGGGUGUCGAGAAGCAAGUUCUAUAGAGAUUGUGCGAGACAUUUGCAGAUAACGCCAUGAGAGAGAUGUAUGGAACCAAAGAGGAGACCAACGACACAGAGGAUUUCUUCCCCUUCGUUAAUAUCCCUCUCACUUCACCUCUCUUCUUGCAGUGA